AUGAAUGGAGGUAUAGAUAUCCCCCAGGUAGCAUCGCACCCUCCUUCAAAGACCGUCAACAGCAUCGCCGGUAGUGGUGCUCCAUUUGCUCCUGGAGAAGCCAAGGAAUUGUUCAAAGUAGGAAAGUACGCAGACUAUGGUCGCUUGGAUAUGGUCCGGGCGCUGCUUGAUGCUGGGGCCUCAUAUGAAAGGGAGGUGAUGAACAGUGGUUCACCACUCUUUAAUGCAGCCCGUCGUGGAUUCAACGAUAUUGUCCAGCUGCUGCUUGCGCGGAGCGCUGAUGUUAAUAAGAACCAACACCGACAAGGAACGCCUCUGCGAGGCGCCGUGCUUGGGGAUAAUCUGAGCACAGUCCAUAUCCUAUUCGACCACGGCGCUGUAUGUGACGAGCGUGUGCUAUUGGACGCGAUUCUAGGAGAGUACAUGGCCCUGGCGGAGCUCAUCCUAGACCAUUUUACGAGUGAGGAACUACAUCACGAGGAGUUUGGGUUUAAGGCUGCUGUUGUAGUAGCUGAGGCAGGAUUGACGUCGAUGCUUAGCUUGAUGGAGAAUCGAGAAUGCUUUAUGUAUCGCGAUGGGGAAAUGGUGCCUUGGUCGAAAGAGGAGGCACGUCAUUUAGAGUGA